UCUAUGGAUAUACAUGUAGAGGCACAGCAGUUGAGAGUUGGAAGGACGUUGGCCUAUUAUACAUACGAAUAUACGUCACAAGAUUGUUCCUCUCAUCUUAACUGCAGUGCCAAAGGAACACAUGACCCACAAAUAAAAGUAUUUCCCCACUUUCUUUUUUUGUGAACUCUUUAUCAUAAUGUCCAAUGGCUUAAAACCUGUAUAGCACAUGAACCCAAUAAUAGCAAAACCAACCCAAUUAAUGGUGAAGAAGAGGACUAUAAAAAUGCAUCACGACCCAAGGGUACCUUCAGUCCAUAACCAAAAAAAAAAAAAAAACACUUCGAAAAGGAGGGGUGAAGGUUCUUGCUAAAACAAAAUGAGGAGCAAGAGUGAGUUGAUUUUAUUAGUUUUUUUAGUUAUAAUGUGGGUAACCCAUAGGGCUAACACACAGCCACAAGAGUCACAGGUGCCCUGUUUCUUCAUCUUUGGUGACUCAUUGGUGGACAAUGGUAACAAUAACAGGAUUGUUACACUUGCUAGGGCAAAUUACAGGCCUUACGGUAUAGACUUUCCUCAAGGCACCACCGGCAGGUUUACUAAUGGUCGAACCUAUGUCGAUGCAUUAGCUGAACUUCUGGGAUUUCGGAAUUUCAUUCCACCAUCUGCAAGAACAAGAGGCCCUGCAAUUCUGAGGGGAGUGAAUUAUGCAUCUGGAGCAGCUGGCAUUAGGGAUGAAACUGGAAACAAUCUGGGAGAUCACACAUCCAUGAACCAACAAGUAUCCAACUUUGCUAAUACAGUGCAAGACAUGAGGAGAUUCUUCAGAAGGGAUCCCAAUUCACUCAAUACCUAUCUCAGCAAAUGCAUUUUCUACUCUGGAAUGGGAAGUAAUGACUACCUAAACAACUAUUUCAUGCCCAAUUUCUACACCACUAGCUCUGAUUUCACUACCAAAGCUUUUGCUGCUGCACUUCUUAAGGAUUACAAUCGUCAGCUAAUGCAACUGUACGCUUUGGGGGCUCGCAAGGUGAUAGUAACAGCAGUAGGGCCAAUUGGGUGCAUACCCUAUCAGCUGGCAAGGUACAAUGGCAACAGUAGUAGAUGUAAUGAAAAUAUAAACAAGGCCAUCUCACUUUUCAAUUCAGGACUCUUCAAGUUGGUUCAAAGUUUCAAUAAUGGCCAACUUCCUGGAGCUAAGUUUGUUUACCUUGAUUCCUAUACAAGUACCAAUGAUCUAUAUCUCAAUGGCUCCUCUUAUGGAUUUGAAGUGAUAGACAAAGGAUGCUGUGGAGUGGGAAGGAACAAUGGCCAGAUAACAUGUCUUCCUCUUCAGCAGCCUUGCCAAGAUCGAAGGAAAUACUUAUUUUGGGAUGCCUUUCAUCCAACUGAAUUAGCAAAUGUAUUGCUCGCUAAAUCAACCUACACAACACAAUCAUACACCUAUCCCAUUAACAUACAACAACUGGCAAUGUUAUGAAGGGGAAAUUCAACUCCUUAAUCUAAUUAUGAUUGUUUCUGCAAGAGGAGGGUUUUGAUUAGUCCUUAUUUCUUGUAAUUUGUUUACUUUGAUCUUUGUAUGAGCUAUUAUUUCUAAUGUAAUGUGUGGGGUUCGAUUCGUUAUUUUAUA